AAUAACUAUUUCAGCCCAAAUGUACUAACGUAGUGGGAUAUGAGAUGACUUGUUAUGGGUGAAAUAUAAAGUAUGAGUGAUGGGGGGAAAUCUUACUUUACGCUGCCAAAAUCCAUUCGAAAAAACACCAACCUUAGGACUAGUGAUUCUCAGAUAUUGAAUUCUAACAAUGGAGGGUCCAGGUAUUCGCUGUGCAGCAGAAAUGAUCAGAGCUCGAAUUCGGGUGCCGUUAAAGUGUCAUCGGAAACCCAUUUAAUCUUAUGUGAUAGACAUGGAGACACAGUUGGUGUGGCAGGUGUACACUCGGGAGUGUAUGUGCGAGUCUCUGAGAUAGAGCCAUACCUGCAACCAGGGGACAAGAUUCUCUUCAUCAACGAGUUCAGUACUGCCAAGAUGAGCCUUCCUAGUGCCAGGCGUUGUAUAGAGGACAUGAGAUCACGUGAGACUCACUUUCACCUGACAGUGGAACGAGCCCAGAACACGAGUAGUAUGUUAGCUGAACAAGCUGGACUCUUUUCCAAACACCCUGCCUCUCCCAACGUCCCUCCUCACCUCUCCUCUAAACCAGCUAUAUCUCUCCUCCCCUCCCGACUACCCCAACCUGCUAAUCAGACUCCUCCACACCAGACCCCACGUAGUGGACCUCCAACUCCACCUCGCCGCACUGUCUCCCGUACUCCACCUCGUCGCUCAGCCUCCUCCACUGCUUCUCAAUACAGCUCCCUGAGUCCCAGUCCCUCUUUUUCAAGUCAGGACUCCGAUCCCAUGUCUAGACAGAUCAGAGACGCUCAAAUGAGACAAUCUCGUGCCCUGAGACCAGCCUUGCCUCCUAAAGCUAAGAAUUUUGGUUAUAAUGCGACACGAAUGAGGAAGGGAUCACGAGGGAGUGAAGUGAGUGAGAGUAGCGAGAUUAGUUUACAAAGUCUACGAAGUGAACGUUCAUUGGAUCACAGAUAUAUCGAUCAGGAGUACCCUGUUUUUAGAGAUGAUAGAGUUGAUAUGUUCAGAAAACGGAACAGUCAAAGCAUUGAAUCUAGCAGUGAGAGGAACAGUGUUGAUCUUAGUGAUCACGGGCCGGUUGUAGCUGAGAAUGGUUAUCCUCAGAGACCCUCUAACAUCAGGAUAACCAGCCCUACCUUCAACACUAGACAAGAUACUACUUUCCCAGUACGAACCAACAGUCCACAACAUCCUGUACCAUUGCAGAGUCUUCAGCAGGCGGUUAUCAAGAGUAGGAAUAACCAGCGACCCUUAUCAGCUGAAUAUAAUCAGAAUUCUCAAAAUAAACAACAACCACGACCCCUGUCUGCCGAAUAUCAUCAGAAUUCUCAAAAUAACCAGCAACCACGACCCCUGUCUGCCGAAUAUAAUCAGAAUUCUCAAACUAACCAGCAACCACGACCCCUGUCUGCCGAAAAUAAUCACAAUAAGCAGCAACCACGGCAACAGCAAGUAGAACCGCGAAGUGUCCACUUUUCUCACAAAGUGGAGACAAACCGACCCCCUUCACCAGCUAAUCGUAAUCAGACCCCACCUCCACUACUGAGUCCCCGGUCUCAACCGUCUAAUACACAGUCACAGGGUGUCAAUCCUAACGACAUCACCAGAGCUCUGGAGAGCUUACUCAGUCCCAAACAGAACCGCAGCUCUAGUAUCAGCAGUACACCUUCACAACUAGAUACUAAAACGGGCCCUGAUCUACCAAGUAGGGUGGUAUCUGAACACCCGCCUAGACACGCCACCCAACCACCUUCAAGGAACAUCCAUCAACCCCCAGUCAGGAUACAUUCUCAGCCUCCUAACAAACCCCCGCCUGAGGAGGAUGUUUAUAUGGAGAUGACCUCGCCCGCUUCAGUCCUAUCUCCUUCUGCUCCACGACGGCCAGAUUCUGACAUGCACCGUUCUGACGAAAGCUCUGGUGUUGUGAAUGCACCUUCUUCCAUGCCUCCAAACAGACCACAACCCAACCCAACCUUAAAACUUCCUAACAGAACACCACCUAGCCCAACCUCAAAAACUCCUCAGAUUACACCCAAGGAGGUUGAGUCUGAGGAAAUGUUUUCCUCUUCGAUCUCGAGAAAUUACAAAGUGGCGCCAUCCUGUCAGAGUACAGGUCGAUUACUGGGAAGCAAAGAACAAUCUGCACCAUUUGUGAAAGAGCCCCCAACUACUUGCCAUAAGGAUGAAGUUCAGGAAACAUUUGGAAGAGACCCCAGGGGUAAGAAGAGUGUCAAGAUUAUUCACGUGGAGAAAAUGGACAGUGAUUUGGGAUUAGUAUUGUCCGGAGGAAAAGGAGCUGGAGAUGGAAACAUUAUUCUAGCUGACAUUGUAUCUGGAAAAUCUGCUAACAAGGACGGUAGAUUGAGGGUUGGAGAUGAGAUUCUAAUGGUGAACAGUGUUGGUCUGCUGGGUAUGACUUUGUCUGACGCUAACAAGUCUAUCAAGAAACUUCCUUACGGUCCUAUCCGUGUCGUGUACUGCUCCAAACUGGAAAGUCCAGCAACUACCCCAACUCCAGCUCCAAAACAACAGUCAGAAGAUGUGACUCCUAAGGUAGAGUCGGAAAUUAGGACUCUUCCUGAUGGAGGCAGUGCAACAAGUUUCAACGAGACCGCAUCUGCUGACCCAGUUCAGCGUGACAGUGUGAACAGAGGAAGUACAAUAUCUGAUAGUUCAGGUAUUGCGAGUCAUGGAGGUGAUACUGAGUCCCUCUCUCACACUGAUAACCUAGUCACUAUCACACUUGUCAAGGCUUCGAAGCGACCACUUGGUUUUACAAUAGUCGGAGGUAAAGGCAGUGCCAAAGGUGACAUUCCGAUAUAUAUAAAGAAAAUACACGCCGACGGUGCGGCAGCAGCAGAUGGAAGGUUGCAGACCGGAGACGAAAUAGUGGAAGUCAAUGGCCUAGCCAUGGUCGGUAAAAGUCACGCGGAAGCAUUAAAGAUAUUCAAGAGUGCAAAGAAAGGAUUCCUGACGUUAGCUGUACGACCAUACAAGGACAGCAGUAUUCAGAGAAGUUCCUCCCUGUCUCAGUCUAUGUCUCCAACUUGUUUUUCUCCUACUCCUUUCGCUGACCAAACUCUCGAUGAUGGAAUAGGAAGUAUGGGAUCAGAAGUCCUGGACUCCACGAUUCAACAAGAUCCCCUUGAGCACGAGAGCACGUGCAUUAAACUAGAUUUCAACGCGGGCAUGAGAAUGGGACUGCGACUCCAACCUGCCAUUUCCCCCUUCCUUGGGUAUAUGGAGGUAGCGGAAGUACAACUGGACCCUUAUCCGUCUGAUGACGUCACGUUGUCCAAAGGUCACGUGAUAAUGAGGGUUAACACUCGUGAGAUGUUAAACGUUCCUGAAGACGAACUGCUUGAUAUUCUCAACGGUCUGGUUGAAGAUAGGCUAGCUAUUGCUAUCAUGCUUGGUAUUUACCCUGUUCAACCAAAGCUGUCACUGUCCUUGGAAACGAACUCUCAAUCAGCGUCCCCUCUGACUACACCCACGGAGGCGCGCCGCAGCUUGGCCAGGACAUACUCAGUAAUGAGCGUAUACUCGCUCCCUCCUCCGCCCCAGGAGUUGCUGGAAGAUGAUUACUACUCUGGGACCCUCACAAAGACAUCUGCUCCUUCCACUGGAACCUUGUCUAAUGGUCAUAGUAAUGGGGCUCUUUCUAAUGCUGAAAGUGUGGGAGCCUUAUCUAACCAUUCAAGUGAUGUUUCUUUUACGAUAUCUGUGACGGCACCUGCGACGCGAGGGCAGGCGACCGAGGCUGGAACUUCAACAUCGAAUCGCCCCGAGAUGUCUAGCAACCCUGGCUCUGCUCCCUCAAUCCCAGAAGAGAGGUAUAUUGCUAUGUACCCCUCAAUGGGAAUGGAUGUUAACUGGACUGGAGAGCGAGUUGAGAACGGUCCGUUCGUUGUGGAGUUUUUCAGAGACCACAAAACUCGGUUAGGAAUGACGCUCUGUCUCAAUGAUGAGAAUCAUCUGGCUGUUAAGAAUAUCGAGAGUAGUGGAAUUAUCUACGCUGAUGGCAGGCUCAGGUCGGGCGAUGUUGUACUCGCUAUAAACAACGUGCCAGUAAGCGGUCUCUCUUUCUACCAAGCUGCACAGCUCUUGAGAUCCUGUAAAAACAAAGUCCAGCUCACCAUCAUUAAUGCUACAAUCCUGGACCAAAAAGUGACAGUGCCGGAGCCAGUGGUUAAUCUUGAGAUGUUAAGCAAUAUUACUGAUGGGGAUACCAACGCUGAUGAAGUUUCAGCUAUUUUAGAACAAGAAAUACAGCGAGUCGAAGAGACAGAUUCAGCAGACCCUCUCUACUCUGUACCGGACAAGAGACCUCCUGUACUGGAUGCAUUCGAUCAACUCCACCAGGACAUGACAUUACAACUACCAACAAUCCCAACUAGCAGUAGUCAAUCAAGCAAUCAAUUAACUCCAGAUAUUGGCAGCAGACGAGAUAUGAUUCUCAGUAAUGCUGGAGAACAAGUAGUUACUGUUAACGUCACCAGGAGACCUAAUCAAGCGCUUGGAGUAACAAUACAAGGUGGAACAGACACUCCACUAGGAUGUAUCCGGAUCAAGAGGGUGAUUAUAAGCAGUCCUGCUGCUGCUGCUGGAAUCAUCCCUAAUGACAUCCUCCUCAGUGUGGAAGGUAACGAUCUGACGAACUGUACCCAUGACCAAGCAUUGGAGAUAAUGAAAGAUGCUCCGCUUGACACGACAAUGGAACUGUCCCGAUACUUUGGAAGGAGGGAGGAUCAGGAGAAGAAACAGGGUCUUGACACUCAAUCACUUUGUAGUGCCAUGAGCUGGCAAACUGGAACUGAAAAUGGGAAUCAUAUGACUAUGAGAGCACCUGGAAGUUUUGCUCCCUCAUUCUACAGUACAUCUGCGAGUGUGUACCCUGGUACGUACAACUCAGUCGAGGAGCUGGCUCGAGACCACGUCUUCCCAAACGGACCGAACUCUAAAAUGCAGAUAAGACUCUGGAAGGGGCCUAAAGGCCUGGGUUUCAGUGUAGGAGGGGGAUUGGGGACUACGCAACCUCCACAUAUCAAGCGAAUUUAUUCAGGAAGUCCAGCACACAAGUGUGGUCGACUGAUCCCCGGUGACGUCAUCACUUCAGUAAACGGUGUGGACUUGUCCGCUCUGAGUCACGUGGAGGUGGUGAAUGUUAUUAGGUACAUGCCCAUGGGGGAGGUGGUGCUAAACGUGGCCAGACAUCAAGCCACUAGGUAAUAGAGAAGUUGGACUCUAGCCAGACCGGGCAUCUUCUUCCGAACAGAGACAUUUUCACGCGAUUAGUCAUCAUAACUUUAAUUACUUAGAUGAGAAUGCAGAGACACUGACUAUUUGAAUUUCAGUAUUUAAUUUUCAGUAUAUUAACUUACCUCUUUUAGCUUUAGGUGUUAGAAUGUACAUUGCAUGACAUUACCUCUGACUCUCUGACUAGUAUUUUAUCAUUUUCUAAUGUUAUAUUUAAACCUGACUCUACCUUGGGGUCGCUGGAUGCCACCUUUCCAUCACUGGCUAAAUCCAGAGAUGCUAGGGUAAUGAACUUACUUAGGAAUGAUGCGUAACUUUAUUUAUUUUGAUCUCCAGCUGUUGAUGCUGAUUUAUUUUGUUACUUAUUUGAGGUACUUGAUCCUCGAUUUCCACAUUAUGUUCUGACUUUUUUCAUCAGACGAGAUCUAAUUGUUGAUACAAAAACUUGCGUCAGUUUUGGGUUGAAAUGACGAUGUACAGAGUUUUAAAAUAGAUUAUUUACUAAUCGUAAAUUAUUUUUGGAUUAAGAUAAGUUUCGAAGAGAACUUAAGUUUUUAUUCUAAAGAUAUUUACUCAGUGGUUUUGAGGAUGUUUAACAUUAUAGUGAGUUUUAAUUCAGUCAUUUGAAUUAACGUUUUACAUUGUAAUGUACCUUGUAAUUAAAUUCAAUCUCUUAUCACACAAAGAAAAA